AUGGAAUCACUACGACCAUUGACACAAAUUAAAAAACUGAACAAAAAGCUACCGUCAUUAGUUGAUAUAUCAUUAUCAACAAUUAAAAAACAUAUUCAUCUGAUAACUGAUAUUGGCACUACUCCAUAUCAUUUAUUAGAACCAAUAUUACAACAAAUCCCUGCUAAACAAUUAAAUGAAUUAGAAUUGAAUUGUUCUCAAUUAUUACCUUAUUCUGAUAAAUUAUGGAUGAAAUUAAUUCUUAAAGAUUUUCCUGAUCGACCACCACCACCACCACCAUCUGCUGCAACUUCACCUAUAAAGUUGAAUCAGAAACACGGUGGUGGUAGUGGUGGUAUUUGUGGAUUAGAUAUGCCAUAUAAAUCAUUAUAUUAUAAAUAUUGUCAAGAUCGAGAUGAAUUUAGAAAAGAUUCAGCGAAACGAUUACGUCAUGCAAAUAAAUCAUUAGAACGACAAAAAUCGAAAAAUAAAAUUGUUGCCAUAGAUGAAGUAUUAAGAGAUCCCACAAUUAAAUCAAGAAGAUUUUAUGAUUUACCAGCAUAUACCAAUAACAGAAAGAGUUAUGGAAUGAUGGGGAAUAAAAAUUCAAUUUUACAAAAGGCGAAACGGGAUACUAUAGUAAAUCGUACAUUAAUAUUUGGUGGUAACAAUGGUAGUGGUACUAAUCGACAUUUAAAUCGAUAUGAUCCAUUUGAUGCUUUUAAAGUAGAUAAGAAAUCAUCAAUAUCUAGUUUGUCGACAGGGAGUAAAUUUAUAAGACCUCCGAAAACAACAACAACCAAUAAUAAUAAUGUUCGACCUGGGGUUAGACGAACUACUUUUUUCAAUUCAGCUGGUAGUGGCCAAUCAACUGCUACUACUACUAAGAGAGCUCAACCUUUUGAUUCGAAUAACAACAAUGAGCCUAACAAGGUAAAUCCAAGUAUAGCGUCAGAUACUAAAUCAAAUUUGAAUUCUGCACCUGAUUCGAAACAAAAUUGUGAGACCAAUAAUACUACUACUACUGCUAGACAACCAUCGAUAUUUUUACAAUUCAAACGCAAAUCAUCAAUAAUGACUAAUGAUUUAACUUCAACAAAGAAAAAGAAGGCUAAGAAACUGAAUAAUCAAUCUGAAUUGUUGGAAGUUAAUGAAACUCCAAGUAAAUUAAAACCAUUAAAAUCAUCUAUUUUCAGUUAA